CUAACAUCAUAUAAUCAUUCACGCUUCUCUGGAGUUAAAAACGAAAUUAAAAGAGAGAGAUGUUGAGUGUUAAGAAGGUAGCUGAAUCAUGUGUUAGUAGUAGUAAAUUGGAGCGUAUUCCCUCAAAAUAUAUGUAUUUGAAAAAUAAGAGCGACGAGGACUCCUCCGUUAUUUUGUGUGAUGAAGAAGCUCAGAAUAUUACAAUUCCAACAAUUGAUUUCUCCCACCUUAUCUCUUCCAACCCCACUCAACGUUCCAAGGAAAUCCAACAAUUAGGCCGCGCCUGCACCGACUGGGGUUUCUUUAUGCUAAUCAAUCAUGGGGUACCGGAGACACUGAGAGAGGAAGUGCUUAGGGCAUGCAAGGGGUUUUAUGAUUUGCCUGAGGAAUAUAAAAGGCAAUAUGAAGGAGGGGAUAUAUUUGCUCCAAUAAAGUGUGGGACAAGCUUCAAUGCCAAUGUGGAGAAGACCUUUUUGUGGAGGGAUUAUCUCAAAUGCCAUGUUCACCCUCAUUUUCAUGCUCCAUCUAAUCCCCAAGGUUUUAGCGAAACUACAGAAGCAUACUGCAAAAGGAGUAGGGAAGUGAUUGGAGAGUUGCUAAAAGGAAUAUCAAUAAGCUUGGGACAAGAAGAAAACUACAUACAUAAAGUGAUGAAUAUUGAAUCAGGAUUCCAAAUGAUGGUUGUUAACUUUUACCCACGUUGUCCUAUGCCUGACCAAGCAAUGGGUCUCCCUCCACACUCAGAUCAUGGCCUUCUAACCCUGUUGCUGCAAAAUGAGCUUGAAGGCCUUCAACUUCUCCGUAAUGACAUGUGGAUCCCUAUCCACCCUUUACCCAACUCUUUUAUUGUUAACACUGGGGAUCACAUGGAGAUAUUGACUAAUGGAAAAUAUAAAAGCAAUAUACAUCGCGCCAUUGUGAACAAGAACGCCACCAGGAUUACUAUUGGUACGGCGCAUGGGCCGCCGCUCGAUGCCGUCGUUGGCCCUGCCACUGAGCUGAUCGGGGAGGACAAUCCCCCUGCUUAUCGUGCCAUCAAAUAUAAAGAUUACAUGCGUCUUCAACAGAGCAAAGAACUCGACGGAAAGAGUUGCUUGGGUCAUGUUCGCAUUUCAAUAUAGAGUUCAAGCAUUUAUGAAUUUCUUGCUUUGUUUGUGCUGUAAUUUAAUAUUGAAUUGAUUUGGGGAAUGUAAUUUAAAUUUUCUGUCUAAAAGAUAAAUAAACUUUAUGGCUGGAAAUGGUGAAUGUUGUAUUGAAUUAAAUAGAAUCAAGUUAAUUUCUAAAGUCAAGUAGUCUCUUGUAAGAAACUUGAUAAGAACACUAUAUGUACCGCAAGACUAAAGGACCUCUUGAAAGAAAAUAUUUUGAAAAGAUAUUUCUUUCGGAGGUGAAAUUAGGAUACGAGAACGUAAAUUUAUAGGAUCGGAGCAUGAUGCUGCAGCCGAUCUACUUACUCUCUAGGAUGUCAAAUUCAUUUUAAGGCAUUGUAAGAGACUCCGUUCAAUAAUAGUCUAAGAGCAAGGUAUAAAGAUUAAGGAUA